AUGGAUGGGAAUUCGAUAGAGAAACUGGAUCCAGAAGUCGCCUAUCCAAACAACUCGACGUCCACCUCCCCGCAAAAGAUAACUCUACUGCCGCCAGAAGCACCGAGACAUCGACGAGGUGCCAUGCGAUCGAUACCACACACGACCGAUAAGCCUCAUGACCCUGGUCUACACCUAGCCAAGGAGGAACUUCUAUCCCUAGUGUCAGGACCAGUCGAGGCCACAGCAGCUGAACUCUACGAGGCGCAUCGAGACCCGUUUCGUGGCGGAUUCGCCGCUCCAGAUGGGCCGCACAUCAGAAUAUCCGACGCUAGACAAGACAUCCAUUUUCCUACCCAGGAGGAUAUGCACCGAAUCUCGGCAUCCACGCAGGUGACGGUUGAGAAGCUAUGCACAUCACUACGGAGACGACUGCGAUACCGAGACUUGGUUCCACUGGAAAAAAUAUACGCCACAUAUUUAGAGUUGCCCGAACCCCGGAUGCUGAACCUCACAGCAGGCUGGAGGAAGGAGCUAUUACGGGUGAUGGGAAUGCCCAAUAAACGCGAUUCGACCAGCAUGCUGCGCUACUUUUCGCUGGUGGCUGACGUGAAGAAUGCUGGCCUGACUCUCAACCAGCGGCAGUGGAACUAUGCUCUGGCGUUUGCCGCCAAGUAUACUGCUAGAGUCGAGACGCGACAACUAGAAUCUGCGAUGCGCCUGUGGUCAGAAAUGGAGCGAGAAGGGAACCAGCCCGCCAACGAAGUCACCUUUAACAUUCUCUUCGACGCCGCGACGAAAGCCGGCAGCUUUGCGCUGGCUGAUAUGUUGUACAAAGAGAUGGAAAGCCGUGGGAUUCCGUUUAACCACUUCCAUCACGUUACGCUGAUUUACUACUUCGGUCUGCAGAGGGACUCUGAUGGCGUUCGAGCUGCAUACAAGGAAAUGGUCGAGGCAGGCCAGCUGGUGGAUACAAUUGCACUGAACUGCGUCAUUUCAGGUCUCCUCCGCUCUGGAGAAGAGGGAGCGGCUGAAGACACGUAUCGACGGAUGAGGGCUGGAGGAAGCAGUGCGGCCCAGCCACCUGAAAAGACCUACAUGGUUUCCAAGGCCAUCACUAAAGCUCUCAUGAUGCUGUCGAAAGUGGCCAAGGAGCACCCUUCUCUCAAGAGCAACUUUCAGAGAAGUGUUUGCAUAUCGCCAGACCUGCGCACCUUCAAACUCUUCAUCGAACACUACGCUGUCCGUGUGGGUGACCUGGGCAAGGUGGUGUACUUUCUGGAUGAAAUGAAGGCACAGGGUGUCAUUUUGCACCCAACCCUGUUCCUGGGCAUCUUUCGGGGCUUCUUCCUUCACGGCGGCCAUCCCGGCUCGGAGUGGAGCGAGCAACGCCUGGACAGCGUUGUGAAUGCAUUCUACCAGGCCCAGGACGAGAUGGGGGAGCAUUUCCGCAUUGAUAAAUGGGUCGUCAUCUGGCUGUUGAAAGCUAUUAAACGGUGUUGCUCGCAGCAAAAGUUAGAAAAGGCUUUUGAUGAAGUUUCCGUGCGUUGGGAUGUACCAAUGGACCGACGGUUGGAAGUCCUUGCCAUCUGCGAUAAGAUUGUUGGCAGGACCGACGAUAUUGCGGCUUGGCGUAUCUUUGAGAGCACUGCCAAGCUAAAGCAAAUGAUGGGUAAUAGAAUUAUCUAUUAG